AUGAAACAUUUAGCGACGACGCAUUUACACGUUGCGAACAGGUGGGGCGCGAGGAGGAUGCUCGCCAAACGGGCAGAGGUGAAGAAGCAGACUCUCUUCGUGGCCAUUUCGACCCACUACUGUAGCAGCAUCUUCGAUUUAAUAGCCAAGAAAAAGAAAGAGUCGGAGAACAGGUGUAAAAAUGGAAUUUCUGUCCAAGAGGGGACAAAUAUUAGGGAUCAUGAACUUCCCCCUCCCCAGCGGGAUGGCAGUAAACGGAGGACACACACCGACGAUGUGAAUUCACUCUUCAGUGGAGCAGCAAAAGGGGAGGAAAAACUUGUACAGGAAAGAGAAGCGGUGAUAGGAGAAGCAUCGUCCAUUUUGGAUAAUGAAUUGAAGUGGGAAAACAGAACGUUGAACCAGAUACACAAAUCGGAGCAGAACGACCGCGCGGCAGAAGAAGAAAUGUACCACAACAAGGUGUACCUGUUGAGGUACAUAAAGCAAUUGCAGCCAAAUGACGACAUCGCCAAGUAUCGCCUUGCAACAAAGUAUGUGAUAAAAAAUGUGAGCAAAUUUUACGAAAAUGAAUUAUUAUUUAUAUUAAAAACAUUUGCCAAGAGAAGGUACAAAAACUUACCCCUCCUGCAGUGUACCAGUGAAUACCUCUAUUGGCAGUGUAAAAUGAAUAAGGGGUCACAAAAAAUAAUAUCACAUUACUUACAUUUGUGUAACUUACUCAAUUAUGUGCCAACGAAAAAAUAUAUAGAAGCAUAUCUAAGCGUCUUUAACUAUUGUAAGGAAGAAGUUCGAGAGGACAAUUUCCUUUUUUUCAACCUGAUCGAAGAGGAGAUAAAUGAAAAACACAAAGACUUGAAGCAUAUCAUUUUGGUACUACACUUUUUACACAAAGGAAAAAUAAAAAAUGAAUUAUACGACACCUUACUUCACAUGUGUUGUUAUUACGCUUGUCAGUUAUCCUUGAGGAAUACUUUUCUUCUGUUAAGAAUUGUUCUAAAUGAAGAAAGUGGGAAACACAAUUGGCAUUACAUAAAAGGGCUACACCGAAAUAUGGAGAGACAUCUCGACUCGAUGACACAGGGAGAUUUCGCCACUUAUGUCAACACCCUCCUACACAACCACGUCACUUUAGAAGAGAAUUUUUUUUUAUUCAUUAGAAGGUUUGUUGAAAAACAUGGGGUGGAGUUGUCCCCAAGUGCUGUGCUAUCUACUUUGAAACUCCUAAAAAGGGAAAAAUGUAAAGAUACACUUAUUUUAAAAAAAGUGUUAAAUGUGAUUAGUAAAAACUUCUACCAUUACACUUAUGCAGAUGUGGUGUAUGUCGUUAAGAUACUGACCUUUUUAAACCAUUUCGAUGAGAAUUUUUUUUUUUUCCUUUUUGAAAAAUUUUUGCCCCCUAUGGGUACCCUACCCACUGGCAAGUUAUUAUCAACGUGGGGGGACAACACAGUGGAGUCAGGAUCCCUCCCUUAUAAAGCGCUACAUACAUAUAACGAGGAGCGACUUUCCCCAGUGCAGGUUAACUGGACUCAAGUAAGAAAGACACAGGUCGGGAGGGUAGAUAAAGAGGAGGACGUCUGUGUGGGCCCUGGCAAUUCUUUUAUUCCAGUAGCACCACAGAAGAAGGGACCCAUCAACGAACUAUCCCACUUACCUUUACAUUUGUACGAAGAGAGGUUCAAAAUGAAGGUAGAAGUUUGUAACAUAAUUGAAGAGAAAGAACAGCUAGGAAGAGAUACACAUGUGAGCCAAAUAUCCUUCUGUUUCAAGUACGUAGACAUGUACGUCAGUUUUUUUGUCUACCUGGGGACGUGCGGGUAUAGGGCCUCCGACUUGCUGCUCCGUUUAUCGCAAAUGAUUCGCCUGUGUUUGCUCGCAGGGGGGGGUUCGCUCCGCGAUGAGGGUAGCACCUAUAUUGCCGCUGCCAGCCCUACCACGAGUAGUGACCACGUUACGGACGAGACUGGCCGAUUGCGUAGCAACAUGAGUAAGCGAGGCGAACCCCAAUUCGUGUUCCUCCACGACGCCAUUAAGAAACAUAAAAAGCAAACCAACUUUGCAUUGGACGGAAGUAGCGUCGCCAAACUGAGUGGGCGGGAAAACUACUUGCCCCCACAGGACAGGUGCCACAAAAAGAGCAGUCCUAAUGUGCGCCGUGCAGGUGAAGGGACGUCAAGUGGGUGCCAAGACAGUUCCUCUCUCAACGCGGUAGCUGCGUCCAACCCCGUUGCUACUCCCAUUGGGGGGACGAAAUCUUGUCUCAGAUUCCUCUACAAGAAGAGUGAAAAGAUAAAUCUUGAAUGUUUAAAAAAAAAAAAAAAAAAAAUACAGCCAACUUCACACGGCGAAGAGACAAACAAGGACAAAAUGGACAUAUCACAUUUGAAGUACCUCAAUGUAGAAAUGUUCCGGAGGGCCAAAAUGGUGUCCCCUUCUGAGGAUCCAGUGUGCGGUGCUGAGGUGGAGGAAGAAAGAGGCUGCUACGAAUUGACAAGACGAAUGAAAAGGAACUCCGUUUUGUCGACGCACUUCGGUGACGUUCACCCAGCUGCUAUUCGCCUGCACAACCGCAGGCUUUUCCAAAGGCACUUUGACGAGCUCCACCCAAGCGAGCGAUACACCGAGAAGGUCCCCACCAAGCCACGCGUUGAACGCAGCCAGAAGAAUGGCAAAGAUAUACACCUGAAAAGAUACAAAGAAAUAAGAAACUUACGCAACGUGUGUUUGCGGAGGUACGCCCAAAUAUUCAAACAAGAGUUAGAAGAAGCAUUCGAGGAGGUAGUAGUAAAAAGGGUGCACAAGGUGGGAGAAGGCUCACAUGCAGAUAAAACGUGUUCAUACAAAUACCCAUUCGAUAUGGUUUGUGAUAAGAACCUAAUUCAUGUAGACGACGCCCUCUUUGUCGAUUACACUCUCUGUGACAAUAACAGGAAGGUAGCUCUACGCAAGCACAGCCACUUGGUACGGAAGAGCAACCACAUGACCCGCAAGGAAUACUCCAGGGGAGGGGAAAAAAAAAGAAACCAGGAGGAAACAGGGAGAGAAAAGAGUCCCAGUGAAAAUUUACUCAAAUGGUUGUAUAGGUAUAAAAACUGUUUGAACCUCUUCACAAAUGAGAAGAAGACUUAUAUUCACCUAAUCGAUAGCGACAUAAAGCAUUUAGGCGAGUGUGUACAUAAGUGGUAUCAACUGUGUGGAGCCAAAACGACAAGCAGUGUAGAGAAGCAGAAGGGAGAAGCAAAAGCCAAAAUGAGUCUUAAAAACAUUGCACACAUUACCAACGCGUGCACUAAUUUGUACCACUUCGAUAAAGCCCUCAUUGAUGUACUCCUCAUCCACGUGUCGACAUUACUUCAUUCCUUUUACUCAGUGCAAAAAUCGCAUGAACAAAAAAGAGUAGACUCACACGGAUUAUACACAUGUGCCACCGCCAGAGAGACCACCUACGAAUGUAUGUACCGCUUCACCAAUAUGUGGAGCUUUCUAACAGUGUGUUUACAAAUGAAUUGUUUCAUGAAGAAUGUCUUGUCGUUGGACCAUCGACACGAAACAGUAACCAAGUUAUUGCACCUACACACCAGUCCUUAUUUCAUACUUAACAUGAAACACCUCACGUGUGUAUUAAACCAGGCAGAUGCGUUGUCAACACAAAUGGAGAGACCCUACUUAAUAAAAAAAUUCCUCUUACACUACCUAGACAUUUCAAUAUUUACUAGCCUUUUCUUUUCCUUCUGUAAAAAUCUGUUCAUCAUGGUGACUUCCAAUUGUGUUGAUGUGCUGAUGAAGGACUUGCAACUUUUUCACACCUUUACCUACUCGAUGCUAGCCCUCCAGAGGGACUACCUGCGUCAGUGGAUUAGCCAUUCGCAUGGUUCAUAUUCAACACCGAUCGAUGGGGUUCCCCUUGGAAGAAACAACGAAGAUACGACAUUCCUGCAGUGCCUCAAUUUUUACGUUAUGUUCGUUUGUGCUGCUUCUUAUCGCGGGCUGGGCAGAGAGCAUCGCGCUCAUGUGGGAACAGCCGGCGGGGUUACACGUGGGCGAAGCGGGGGAAGCGCUGACACGUGUGACAUUCUGGCCCUAGCGCUGAGGUAUAUAAAAUUGUGGAGCUGCGCGAGGGAUUUUUUCCCCGCCCAAAAUGAGAAGAUUUUACUACCUCCUGAGAAGAAGCGUUCGGAAGCAAAAUGCGACGAAGAUAAAUGA